UUCCGACAGCACCUGACAUACUCACCAGCUGGAGUCUUCACCCUGCAGCUGAAGUGCUCCUCCGGACCUCCUCCUCCACCUCCUCCUCCGGACCUCCACCUCCUCCUCCUCCUCCUCUCUUCACUGGGUAUCUGCCUCCUCCUCCUCCUCACCGGGUAUCCGCCUCCUCCAGCCAGCCAUGGCGCUCCGGAGCUUCUUCGUGGGAGGAAACUGGAAGAUGAACGGGAACAAGUCGAGUCUGGAGGAGCUGAUCAGCACCCUGAACACCGCCAGCCUGCACGACCAGACCGAGGUGGUGUGCGGAGCCCCCUCCAUCUACCUGGACUUCGCUCGGUCCAGUCUGGAUCUCAGGAUCGGUGUCGCCGCCCAGAACUGUUACAAGGUGGCCAAGGGAGCGUUUACAGGGGAGAUCAGUCCGGCCAUGAUAAAGGACUGCGGGGCAGACUGGGUGAUACUGGGACACUCUGAGCGCCGUCACGUCUUCGGGGAAAGCGACGAGCUGAUUGGUCAGAAGGUGGCUCACGCUCUGGAGAGCGAUCUGGGUGUGAUCGCCUGCAUCGGGGAGAAGCUGGAGGAGCGGGAGGCGGGCACCACCGAAGAAGUCGUCUACGCUCAGACACAGGUCAUCGCAGAGAACGUGAAGGACUGGGGGAAAGUGGUGCUGGCAUAUGAACCUGUGUGGGCCAUCGGCACGGGCAAAACGGCUUCACCUGAACAGGCUCAGGAGGUCCAUGAGAAGCUGAGGGCGUGGCUCCGAGCCAACGUCUCAGACGACGUGGCCGACUCUGUGCGCAUCAUCUACGGAGGUUCAGUAACGGCGACUAACUGCAGAGAGCUGGCGUCUCAGAGCGACGUGGACGGCUUCUUGGUGGGCGGAGCCUCUCUCAAACCAGAGUUUGUCGACAUCAUCAACGCACGCGCAUAACAGACGCAGGACACGGCUCCAUCGGGCCCAAUGAAACACACCCGGGCCUUUAGAUUGUCACCAUGUGUUCUCGAACUGGGCUGACUGACCCACAGACAGAGGAGGUUUUAUUUUGCUAAAUAAAAUGAGGCCAAUAUAAGGCGGUAGAAUUAAUUCAAAGUAAAUUUCUGUAUGUUUGUGUUGUGUUUUUCUGUCAUUUAUGGGAGUCAAACUACUAUAUUUCUAUUUCUUAGGUCAGUUUCUAACAGUGCUUGGUUACAGUAUCAAAUGUCUUUCAACUUGAUUGUUUGUGUUGACUUCAAAGCAAAUAUCUUGUGUCAUUUUACAGUAGCUCCUCAUGUUUUCAUCUGAUUUAAUGAAUUUUUCAGAUGACUUUAUUUUCCUGUUUUACUUUCUUUAUUUGAGAUGUAGAAGUGGUGACAAACGAGAUAAAAGAAAUAUGAUUUGAGGCAAGCAAUUGACUUCAUGUCCUCCUCAUAAAAGAAAACUGCUGAUGUUCACGUAUGUGAAUAAUAAGAAACGUUAGUAUCAGUAAAGUUUCAGCAGUUAGUUUGAGGAUCAGUCACCCCAGGUUGUUCUGUGUCUCGAUAAUGUAAUGUUCUAUUAAUGUUGCACUCUCUCUCUCACCCAAAUGCACUAACUGUUACUUCAGGGCCCUUGAAAAUACUUAAAUAUAUAAUAGAAUAUAUAAUUAUCUAUCUUUCUGCUGGACUUUUAUUGUGAAGUUGUCACCAAUAGGCACUAAAGAUGAACUCCUGCUGUAUGCUUCACAUUGGACCUGAAUGAGUAAAUCAAUAAAAUGUGGAAAGAUG